GGUUACAACAAAUAGCGAGUUCAUUUUAGCUUCGACAGUGACGAUGGCGACUGCGUGGUCCAUGGGUCCUGGUACCCUCGAGGUGCCUCUUUCCCUUUUCGAGAAGAACCGAAAGCGGUUGGCGAGCCAGCUGAAAAAUGGACAAAUCGUAAUUUUGCAGGGCGGUGAUGCUAUUAACCAUUACGAUACCGACGUCGAGUACGUGUUUAGACAAGAGGCGUACUUCACAUGGGUAUGUGGUGUCCGUGAGCCAGGUUGCUACUUUGCACUGGAUGUCAGCACAGGGAGGGCCCACUUGUUUGUGCCCCACCACCCCGAGGAGUAUGAGGUGUGGAUGGGCAAACUGCUGAGCUGUGAUGAGUUCAGAAAGAUAUAUGGAGUUGAUGAAGUACAUUAUGUAGAAGAGCUUCAUAAAGUACUCAAAGAGCUGAAUCCUGAAGUCCUAUUAACCUUGAGUGGAACAAACACGGACAGUGGCCUGACUGCUAAGGAAGCAGUUUUUGAAGGGAUUAAUGAUUUCAAAGUGGAUAAUGAAAGUUUAUUCCCCAUCAUCGCAGAGCUUCGCGUCAUUAAGACUCCCGAGGAAAUCGAAGUCCUGCGCUAUGUGUGCAAAGUAUCGUCCGACGCACACAAACAGGUGAUGCUGUACGCUAAACCAGGCCUAAAAGAGUAUCAAUGCGAGUCAGUGUUUCUAGACCAUUGCUACCGCGUGGGCGGGUGCCGACACGUGUCCUAUACGUGCAUCUGCGGCUCGGGCUUCACCGGCGCCACGCUGCACUACGGACACGCCGCCGCGCCCAAUUCGAAGAUUAUUCGAGACGGAGACAUGUGUUUGUUCGACAUGGGCGGCAACUACGCUGGGUACGCGGCAGACAUCACGUGCUCGUUCCCAGCCAACGGCAAGUUUACAGACGAUCAACGCCUGGUCUAUGAGGCCGUGUUGGCUGGCAGAGAUGCUGUGGUGAGGGAAGGGAAACCCGGCGUGAUGUGGACCGAUAUGCACUUGACUGCUAACCGUGCUAUGCUCGAGCAUUUGAAGAAAGGAAAUAUGCUUAGAGGCGAUGUUGAGGAAAUGAUCAAGGCGGGCGUAAAUGGUAUUUUGCAACCGCACGGCCUCGGCCAUUUGAUCGGGCUGGAUGUACACGACGUAGGCGGCUACCUGCCACACUGCCCGCCGCGCCCCGACGGCCCCCUCUCGCGUCUGCGCACCGCAAGGACGCUGCAGGCUGGCAUGCUGCUAACUAUUGAACCAGGAUGCUAUUUUAUUAAACGCCUUUUGAAUCGUGCCCGUGACAACCCCGACCAGUCGAAGUUCUUUAAUUGGGAUAUGGUGGAACGUUUCCUCGACUUCGGAGGCGUACGCAUUGAAGAUGAUGUCCUUAUCACCGAGAAUGGUGUUGAGAAUCUUACCUUCGUUCCCAGAACUGUGGCUGAAAUUGAAGAAUUUAUGGCAAAUGGUGCUAAUUUCAAACAGUAGUCCAAAGCAACAAGUUACAAAUUAGGUGAAAUAUUUAUAAAAUUCGUACAUUUCAAUUAAAUGUACAUAAUACAAUAAUAUGAGAUAGAAGACAAUGUAUAUUUUUAUUAAGA